AUGAUGGAGGCAUCGUCACCACUGGCUGCGAUGCACCCUGCUCCUCCCCCGUCAUGGGGUCAGCACAACCACGGUUUUAUGUCCACGGGCAAUCCUUUUGCAGCUGUGCCUCUCCAGCUGCAGCGGACAAAGGCGGACUAUUUUAAUCUCAAGUCUGUUCGUGGUUCCUCUCCGACUGCCAGUCUUGCUGCCGAUCUGUGCCAGAACUUCCGCAUCGACAACGAAUCCAGCCCCAAGUUCCCAACACCGAGACGGGCGCUGUUCACUUCCAACCCGCUCGACCAUGCGCAUACUAUCACGACACCGCCAUUGCCUGCCACAUCGUCCCCUGUGCCAAUGAACGAGUCGAUGGACAUCUCUCCUCUGCCAGCGAGAGCUCCUUUCUGCACCACCAUUGAGGUGACAUCGCCCACUCCUCUGACCACGCCAAUCGUCGAGACACCUUCGGACCUACAGUCUCCGGAGGAUGAAUCAAUGAUGAUGGAUUCCCCAACCGCCAUGCUUCGCCAGCCGGCAGCGAACCUUGAGGUACCCAGGACAUAUCUUGAGCCUCGCAAACGUGCCGCUCUGCGUCGCCCGUCAUUGACCCGUACCAAGGGCCACUCAACCAGCUCCUUGAUCACUAGGGUGCACUCUGAGAGCCAAUUCUCAUCGUUCAACUUCGGACCUGAAAUGAAGUUUGGCUCCACAUCAUCCGCUUUGAGUGCCAGCGAGUGCUUCCAGGAGUCUCCGCCCAAUGAGCGUCGCCCGCAGAGUGCAAACAGCCCGACCCCCAGUGGUCUUGGGAUGUUCCGCCCGAAGCCACAGUUUGCAAGCCUGACUGGCACGAGAGAGCGGACGGGCUCGCCUCUUGGUUGCCACGCUCGCCGACCCUCGAACCCUUUCAACCGGCCGCGGCGACAGUACCGCCGCUCUUUGAGCAUGUUUGAGCAUCCUGCUGACGUGGUCAAGGCCAGACCCGAGGAGCUACCUUCAUGCAGUGCCCUGCAGGCCGUCAUGGACAUUGAGGAUGCGGAGGAGCCGAUCCUGCCAUCUUUUGUCCCUGAAGACCAGAGUGGUUCUCUGCCUCGCAUUACUCGUGAGACCUUCCUCGACCUCCUGGACGGCAAAUACAGUGACAAAUACGACCAGAAGGUUGUCAUCGAUUGCCGUUUCGAGUACGAGUAUGAGGGUGGCCACAUCGAUGGCGCAAUCAACUACACUGAUAAGGAGCUGCUCACAAAACACUUGUUUGACACUCCGAUGCCCGGGAAAACUGUCCUCGUCUUCCACUGCGAGUACUCUGCACACCGUGCCCCGAUGAUGGCCCGCCAUAUCCGUUCCGAAGAUCGCUCUGCCAACGCCGAGUUCUACCCUCGCCUUUCAUAUCCGGAGGUGUACAUUCUGGAUGGCGGUUACAGUGAAUUCUUCAAUGAGCACCGGGAUCGGUGCUAUCCCCAGGCCUAUGUGGAGAUGGGUGCCGAAGAGCACGCUUUCACUUGUGAGCGGGAAUUGGGUAAACUCCAGCAGAAGCGCAAAGGUCUUGGUCGGGCGAAGACAUUCGCCUUUGGACAGCGUGAAUCAAUGGUUGAUGCCUCGCCGACCGCCCCAGGACGUGCUCAGUCAUACAUGUCGCCCUCUUUGAUGUGUGGCAACUCGCCCAUUCUCGGCACUGAUCGCUCACCUCGCCGCCUGGCAUCUUACUAA